AUGCUGAGCUCAACACUUACAUUUCGAAUGAAAACGAAAGCAUGGCUAACAGUUCAGGAAAAAUUAGUUGGGGCUGGAUAUCCACAUCGAACCAAGGAACAGUUGAAGAAAAAGUGGGAAGAUAUUGCCUCCUCAACUAAAGCAAAGUAUGCCCAAAAGAGAAAGACAGGUGGCGGGGCAAUUGAAUGGACAACAAUUGAUGAACAGGUAACAGACAUAUUAGGCAAGGACAAUCGUACCCUCACCUCUAUUCCAGGCGGAAUAGACUCUGGAGCGACAACAUCUGUACAAUGUGCUGUCGAUAACACCACUGUAACACCAUAA